AUGUUAGCGGGGCAGCCUCCAUUUCAGUCGACAUCACAACACGAGAUCUAUAAACGUGCGAGGAACGUUGAGUACUCUUGGCCGGAGGAAAGUAAACGAGGCAAUGACAUUCCAGACGAAGCAAAAGACCUCGUUGCCAGGCUUCUGAAGGUAGACGCUGAGCGCCGGCCUGACCCAGACCAGAUAAUUGGGCACAGGUUCUUUUCGAUGAACGGCGGAGAUGCAAUUCCUGCCCACAUGGAGGGUUAUUUUCGUACCGAAACACCUCGUUACCUUGAUCGACAAGCUCGACCUCGAGGAGACGUAAUUUUGCCUGGAACCGAGCGCCUGAGCCUGAGAACACUUGCUAAGGACUGUGGUGUUGGUUGUCUCCCGGGAGAUCUUGCACCACAAUCAGCUGUUGGUGCAGACAUGGAUCUUUCAUUGUAUAAGGAAUGUGCAACAGAAGAAGCAGCUGGUCUAGGGCCUGUAGUUCCUUUACCGGAAGAUGUGGUAUACACCUCGAAGUACUCGCUAAGAACAUGGCUACCAAAGCAAAUAGAGGAAGUACGAAAGGUGGACCCUAGGCUCUACGAACGCACUGAAGAAGCAAUCGACCCCCUUGCCAGGCCAAAAGCUAAGUUUGUCCACGAUAAUCCAAUGGCAAAUCUUGAGAAGGCUCGUCGUGCUCCUGUGCAAAGUCAUGCAGCAACACUUCGAGCAGCGCAUAUCAGAAAACCCUCUAAUCCAAGAUCAGAGCUCCAACCACCGGCUGUAGAAAGGAACGAGCUCAACACCAAGGCAAAUACCAUUGGCUCAAAUCGCGCUCGGCGCGGGCUGAUGAACGAGCUGCCUGUGCGCCCAUUGAGCAGCGCUAAUACAGUGACGGGUCAAAGUACAGAUGCGCCUGAACGCAAAUCAAGGACGACUCGAUCUAAGCAGGUAGUUGUGCUUGACGAGGAACCAAACCCAAGUGAAGGCAAAACGGCACAUCCCAUGACUAAAGACCAAUAUGUUGACGCCACGAGUCCGGACCCAGACAGAAAGCGUCGAGAGAUGGCUGCAAAAACGCGGGCACGAAUUGCCUCAAAUGUGCAAAAAGAGUUAGCCGUAGAUGUAGAGGGGAAAGGUAUGGCAAAAGCACCGACGGCGCGGCGGCAGAGAUCAAAACCUCAUACCACCACAUUGAUCGAUCCAAAUGAGGCCUUCAAGUUCGUUCCAAAUACAAAGCCGGAAGAUGUCAUGCGAACAUUGUCAGAGAUGCAUACACGAUUGGACAAAAGUCUGCAAAGGACACAGCAGCAGAAUCACUAUUCGAAUGUCAGGGCAAUUGAGGCAAAGAGUAGUACUUUCAAGCAGCGCCCGGUGGUAGUGAAGUGGGUUGACUAUACUAACAAAUACGGUAUUGGCUUCAUUUUAGCCAACGGCACAGUUGGCUGUCUCUUCAAGGGCGAAAAGACAACACUACCCACAAGUAUUGUCGUAGCCGACUCAGAACGCCAUUUCUCAAACCGUCGGCUGUCGUCAUACGCCGAAAAGCAAAGCAUCCUCUCCUCACAUAGCCUACCGGUCGAAUAUGUCGAAGACACGGGCGCCGAAGGCCUGAAAAGAGUACUCUGUCCACCCUUGAAAAUGCAAAACCUUGUAUCCCCAUCACUUACGGAACCUGAACGCUCAGACUUAGAUGCGAGCAGUUUUGACCUCGAAAAACGAAGGAACCUCUUGCUAUGGGAUAAAUUUGGACGAUACAUGACGCAAAGUCUGGGGCAUCCUGAAGGCGAACCUGAAGCCGCGCCAACCACCCGUAAACGAAGCAAUACUGCUACAUCGGCUACACUCUUCGUCAAAUUCUACCAGCGCCUAGGCAACGUCGGCAUCUGGGGCUUCUCCGACUCUUCCUUCCAAUUCAACUUCCCAGACCACACCAAACUCCUACUCUCACCCUCCCCCUCCUCCUCCGCCAUCGACGACCUCUGGGCAGACUUCUACCACCUCCCCAUCCCCGCCGCCAAAAAACUCUCUGCCGGCCAGAAAAUUGACCCUCACGAUCUUGCGGAGAGAGGCGUGCUCUGCUACCCCGUCCCCAUCAUGCUCAGCGGCAAGCUCGAACGUCGUGAUUUCGCGGAUGUCUUGCACGCGAAUCAGUUUGAGCGCAAACUCGAGUUUGUGAGGGAUUUGUUGGCUGUUUGGGUUAGUGAGGGCGGCAUCGGGUGUAUGGGGGAGAAGAGGGGCUGGAGGUGGGAGGGCAUGAGUGAGGAGAGUGGGAAGAGUGUUUGGGUUACGGUUGGGGCUAAGGGGGGGAUGAGAGGUAUGAGAGGGUCGGAUAGAGGGGGGAAAGGGGGCGGGGGCAUAGGAGGGAGUGGUUGGAAAGUGCCAGGGCGAGGGGCGUGCAUGAUUAUAAGGAGUAUAUUUCGAUGCUUGGAUGAGCGAUGCCUGGUGCUUGGAUGGACGAGCGUGGGUGUUUGGGGUUGCCUGGAGUUUUGA